CAUGUGUGUCAACACUUUCUGAAGAAUUUUCAGCACAGUCUCUCUUCCUCUCGCUUUGGCUUCAUCUGUCUUUCCUAGAUGAAUCUGAUGUUGUGUGAAUUUGUGCACCACUGCAACAUAUCCAUCCAUAAUUUGCACCAAAGGUUUGCAGUGUUUUGUUUUCUAGACUAGAGCUGGACAGAUUGCUGCUCACUGCUGUGAGUGAGCAGUGUUUGGGGUUUGUACGUGAGGAAGCAGUGUGGUUGACAGACACCUCUGAGCUGAAACACUUCCUCGUCCGUUUCUGCUGUCAUCUCACGACCUGCAGAGAACAUCAACGGCUCACAAUCCAUGCUGACCUCACGUGUGACACUGACUCCACAUUGUCUCACAAGAAGACUUUUUUCCCAGUUAAAUUAUUAUUGUGAAGUUUGUGUGUGACGUUAAGAAGAACUGGUGGGAUGUAAAAAUCUGAUAACUUUGAUUUUGGGUGUAGAGCAGAUCUUCCUCCAUUUUGAGUGAUGCCUCGUUCUUUCUUGGUGAAGCGAGGAGGGCUGCACCACCUAGGAAAGAAGACGGGGUCAUGGGAUGCAUCCAUGGAGUACUCCACAUCAAAAACACCAGAUAAUGAUGCAGUACCCACCGCAUUACUGCAACAGGACCUUCCUGCUGACUCCCACUGUAAUGGAAAUGAUCACCUUCAGCCAUUCAGUCCCAAAUCUUAUGACUGUAGAUCUGCUGGGCCCUGCAGUCCUGUCAACUCAAAUAAUUUAAGCCCUGUGGAGAAAGACGAGUCUCGGCCUCCCACACCAGCUUUAUGGUCCAGACCUCGUGUGAGCUCAGAAUAUCUAGACAAACUGUCUCUGGGACUGGGAGAUUUGACUCAGCACCCUCACAUCCUGAGGGAGACCAGGAGCAGUGGCUGCUUGAAGAUCAGUGCUCCGAGGCAAGAGUGUCCACUCUGUAGCAAAGUAUUUUCAUAUUUGUCAAGUUUGAAGACUCACAUAUGCAAGAGUCACGGAAGCAGAGCACCAGCACAUAACAAGUCCAGCAGGACCGAUGUUGAGCGGUCAUCGUGCAGGGGCAAGGAGAGGACAUUUGGCUGUACAGUGUGUGGAAAAGUUUUCAAGCGCUCCUCCACCCUCACUACUCAUCUGCUCAUACAUUCAGACACCCGGCCCUACCCCUGCCAGUACUGUGGCAAACGGUUCCACCAGAAGUCUGACAUGAAAAAACACACCUUCAUACACACCGGCGAGAAGCCCCAUGUGUGUCAGAUAUGUGGGAAGGCCUUCAGCCAGAGCUCCAACCUCCUCACCCACAGCCGUAAACACGGGGACGACCGGCCCUACCGCUGUCCUCGCUGCCUCUACGGCUUCCAGCACAAAGUGGACCUUAGGCAGCACCAGGACCACCACUGCACCUACCGCUGACUCUGACACCGCCAAGUCAACAUUGUAGCCUUUUCUUUUUUAGUUUGUUUUUAACCAGCGGAAACAUAUUCAGGACAGAAAGCUACUGAGUGUGGUUGACUACUUUUUCCCAGUAUGUAAAAUACAGUUUUUUAUAUUUAUAUAGAAGAAGUCCACUAUUAUUUGUUAACAUCAUGUUUACAGGAAGAACAGUUAAUUUCCCCUUGUGGGAUUAUUAAAGUUGUUGAAUUGAAGUGAGAGAUGCCAUCACAUGGUUCCUUACAAAAUAUUUGCAUUACUAACGUUUUUAAGAGAAAUGUUCUUUUUCCCACAUGCCUACAUUCUCUGCAGAUCUGUGAUCAUGUGAGGGUAGAACUCCAAACUUUAUGUGCCACUGAACUUUCAAUUCCCUCUACAGAACACAGGAUGUAAUAUUAUAGAAAUGUAUGUGUUGACAAAGACUGAGGACACUGCAUGACUUCAUGAUAUAUAUCGCUUUGAAAGCAGUUAAAACAAGAAGAAUUCACGUGGAUCAGCAUCGGUAUUGAGUAAAUUAUUUAAUAAAGAAGCUGCCUCAAAAGCAAUGCAGUUGGGUGCAUUAGACUACAGUGAAAAUGACUUUCCUCCUUACAUUUCUGUAAAUGGUCCCAGCCAGAGUUUACAAUGAGCCCAAUAAAUAAAAAGGCUCUUU